GGCACACCUCUAUAUGAGAGGAGUUUAGAAAACUGUGUCCUUACAAAGUGGUGUGCCAAUAUUAAUUUUGGUGCCAAAAUCAUUUCCUCGGAGAAAAUAAUAUUCACUACUAGUUGAUAAUUUCAUGCUAAUUUACUCCGGUCGGUUAAUUUGAAAGCUAUCCGAAUACCCAUCGCUCAAAGUUACUCGCUACCGUGCAACCGUUACACCAAGCUUCUUGGAUACACUUCGCCUCAGUACCUAUUGGAAUAGAACCGUUUAGUCACAAAAAUAAAAGAACAAAAAAAAAAAAACACACUAAUAAAAAAAGGGACCGUUUCCCGCCGUCACCUUUCCCACCACUUCACUAGUACGAUUACCGUUCACAUUCCCCAUUUCAGUGACAUCAAUUCCCGAUUUUUGAAACCCUAAUCUCUCUCCUCUUCAUCGUCGAAAAUGCAGCUUCGCUCUAAUCGUGUACUGGAGGAGCCCACGAUCGACGUUCAAGAUGAUGGCAACGAGAUCGUAGAAUUGAGUGAGCCUUCACUCCUGUCAGAUAUUGAUUACGUUGGCAUAGUAGACGAUGACAAUGAGCUGGAUGAUAGUGAGUUUGAUAGUAGUGGAUUGGAUGAUAGUGAAUUGGAUGACGCAUAUGAAAGAAAUACCAAAAAGGUCAAUAUAAAAAGGAAAAAAUGCUCUAGGAAAGAGAAAACGAGAAAUGAAGAGCCCAGUGCUGAAGUAGUGAACACAUUUGAGCCAGGAGCUCAAACUUUUGAGGGUAUUAGUGGCUUUGAGUUUGUUGAUGUAAAUAAGAUGAAAAAGCAAAUGAUAAAAAAGAAGAAUGGGGAUAUGAGGCCAACAUUUAUGUGGGAUAUAUGGGAAGCAGAACAUAGCAAAUGGAUUGAUAGCCAUAUGACUGAUGAUGUUGAUUUGGAUCAGCAGAACGAUGUAAUUGAUGAAAUGCAUGAGGAACCCUCAGAGCUAGUUGGGCAGUUGUUGCGGUUUCAGAAGGAGUGGCUAACAUGGGCGUUGAAACAAGAAGAUUCUGAGACUAGAGGGGGAAUUCUUGCAGAUGAGAUGGGAAUGGGAAAAACUGUUCAGGCAAUCGCCCUUGUGCUUGCUAAACGAGAACUCCGCCGAGCCGUUAAUGGAGCUGAUAAAUUGUUGUCGCCUGGGUCAUCCUCUGCGCUACCUGAACUUACUUGUACCCUUAUUAUCUGUCCCGCGUCUGCUUUAAAUCAGUGGAAAAGGGAGAUUGAGCGAUUUACCAUAGAGGGAAGCAUAAAAGUGCUAUGUUAUCAAGGGUCUAAGAGAGCAAAGAAUGCUCUACAAUUUUCAGAGUAUGAUUUUAUAAUCACCACUUAUAACACAAUAGAGGCUGAUUAUCGCAAAGUGUUACCACCCAAGCAGAGGUGUAAAUGGUGUGGCAAGUUAUUUCAUGAGCGGAGGAUGGCUGUUCAUCUCAAAUAUUAUUGUGGGCCUAAUGCAGUUAGAACAGAGAAGCAGUCUAAGCAAGAGAAAAAGGGUAAGAAACUUCACUGGAAAGUGUUGAAAAUUUCUACUGAAGAUGAUCAUAAGAAGAGUGGUAAAGUGUAUAAUCCCUCAAAAGAAUCCGGAAGUAGAUCUGAUGAGGAGGAUCUUGACAAUUUUGAGGCACAUGUUCGCAAGUCAGCUCUGCACUCUGUAAAAUGGGAGCGUAUUGUAUUGGAUGAGGCUCAUGCCAUCAAAGAUAGACGUAGCAAUACUGCCAGGGCAGUUCUUGCGUUGCAAUCUUCUUACAAGUGGGCUUUGAGUGGUACUCCUCUUCAGAAUCGUGUUGGAGAACUCUAUUCACUGAUCCGCUUUCUACAAAUUGUUCCUUUUUCUUAUUAUAUGUGCAAUGAUUGUGAUUGCAGAACGCUUGAUUACAGCUCUUCCGGCGAAUGUAAAAGUUGCAGUCACAAAUCUGUGAGGCAUUUUUGCUGGUGGAACAAAAAUGUGGCGACACCAAUACAAUUGCAUGGAAAUUCCGAGGCUGGACAAAGAGCCAUGUUUUUGCUGAAGCACAAAAUUCUCAAGAGCAUUUUGCUGAGACGUACUAAAAUUGGCAGGGCUUCAGAUCUUGCUCUUCCAUCAAAGAUUGUGUCGUUGAGGCGAGAUUCUUUGGAUAUCAGAGAAGAAGACUAUUAUCACUCAUUGUACAACGAAAGUCAAGCCCAAUUUAACACAUAUGUUAAGACAGGAACCCUGAUGAAUAAUUAUGCUCAUAUAUUUGACUUACUUACGCGUUUGCGGCAGGCGGUUGACCAUCCAUAUCUUGUGAUAUAUUCUCGUGCCAAUAGUUUAAGGAAUGAAAGUGUGGCGGAAGAGGACAGUGGAGAACAAGCAUGUGGCAUUUGUCAUGAUCCAAUUGAGGAUCUUACAGUUACAUCAUGUGGACACUGUUUUUGUAGAAUUUGUCUCAUUGAGUUUUCAUCUUCCUUGGGGCAACCUUCAUGCCCUUCUUGUUCGAAACCACUUACUGCUGAUUUUACUUCAAAUUCAAGCAUCGGAGACCAGAGAUCAAAGACGUCAGUUAAUGGGUUUAAAAGCUCAAGCAUCAUGAACAGGAUCCAUCUGGAUGAUUUUCAGACAAGCACAAAGAUUGAUGCAUUGAGGGAGGAAAUCAGAUUUAUGAUUGAAAGAGAUGGUUCUGCAAAAGGGAUUGUCUUUAGCCAGUUCACGUCUUUUUUGGAUUUGAUCAUGUAUUCUUUGAAAAAGUCUGGCAUAACCUGUGUCCUACUGGACGGAUCUAUGACUAUCACUGCCAGAGACGAUGCAAUAAAACGAUUCCAUGAGGACUCUGAAUGCAGAAUUUUCCUCAUUAGUUUGAAGGCUGGAGGUGUUGCACUCAACCUUACUGUGGCUUCACAUGUUUUCUUGAUGGAUCCUUGGUGGAAUCCAGCAACAGAGCGACAAGCCAUGGAUAGGAUACACAGAAUUGGGCAGUAUAAGCCAAUAAGAAUUGUAAGAUUCGUAAUAGAGAAUACCAUAGAGGAAAGAAUAUUAAAGCUGCAAGAGAAGAAAGAACUAGUUUUCGAAGGGACUGUUGGAGGAUCUUCAGCUGCUCUGGCUAAGUUAACUGAAGCAGACUUGAAGUUUCUUUUUCUCACUUAACAAAAAUGGAAUUGGGGUGAAAGUAGUAGUAGUACUCUUGGAAAAUGCAUAACAUAAAAGUUUCCAAGCUGUAUUUAUUGAACCGACUUUCUACUUGGGGCUGUGUAUAGUAGUCAAAACUAUGUAUUAAAGCCAUAAAAGUACAUUAUGCUGUACAGGUUCAUGUAGAAUUGCAAAUUAGCAUGCUAAUUUCCUAGGAAUCAUGCACUUUUGAAUGACUUUGAUGUGGAUCUUGACAACUUUUGAAUGGUUGGAAGGUUUUGACGACGUUUUUGAUGAUGGAAAAUCGAAUGGUGGAUUUAAGAGUCAAUGAUUUCCAA